AUGGCAGAUCAUCAAGAGCAUGAUGAAGUAAAGAGUGAAUCGUUGUUGGAGAAGAUUUCUGGGAAGAUUCAUGACCAUGAUUCGUCUUCUUCUUCGUCGGAUUCGGAUAACGAGAAGGAGAAGAAGAGUUCGUCGCCUUCUUCACUGAAGAAUAAGGUUUAUAGGCUUUUUGGCAGGGAGAAGCCGCUUCACAAUGUUCUUGGUGGAGGAAAACCUGCUGAUGUUUUUCUAUGGAGAAAUAAGAAGAUAUCAGCAACCACCCUUGGUGUGGCGACAGCUUUCUGGGUUCUGUUUGAAUUACUUGAAUACCAUCUCCUGACUUUGGUUUCCCAUUUAGCGAUACUUGCUCUGGCUGUGUUGUUCUUAUGGUCAAAUGCAUCCACUUUCAUCAACAAGACUCCACCAAAGAUCCCACAUGUGCACAUUCCUGAGGAACCUGUUUUACAGAUUGCCUCUGCUAUUAGAAUUGAGAUCAAUCGGGCUUUUACUCUAUUAAGGGAGAUUGCUUCUGGAAGAGAUCUCAAGAAGUUUCUCUCGGUCAUUGCUGGAUUAUGGGUUUUAUCUAUUGUUGGAAGUUGGGCCAACUUCUUGACUUUGUUCUAUAUAGCUUUUGUUUUGCUCCACACUGUACCUGUGCUUUAUGAGAAAUAUGAAGAUCACGUCGACUCUUUUGGUGAGAAGGCACAUGUUGAGUUGAAGAAGCAGUAUGCUGUGUUUGAUGAAAAGGUAUUGAGCAAGAUUCCCAAAGGACCUCUGAAAGACAAAAAGAAAGAUUGA